UUGACGUUUUCUCAAAAGAGUUGUAAAUUUUGUUAACUUUGAAAUAAAAAUAAACACUUUAUUAUUUAUAAAAUGGAGGAAUUAGAAGAACAACCAAUGUGGGCCAUCAGACAAGCUAGUCGGCAAGUGCUUCGAGUUAGUCGUCGAAACCAGAAAUACGGCAUGACCGAUUAUCGCAGAUCUAUUGAAACUUCGAGAAUCGAUCCUGAUACAAUAGCAGAUAUACCAAAUAAAUUGAAAAAUAAGUCAGCAUUAACUUUGCAUGAUCUGCACAUUUUGAAAAAUAUCCUGAUCGAUGAUGAAAAUUAUAUCGAGAUUGUUUUGAGUACUAAUGGAGCUUUAAGAGGAUUAAUUAGAGAAUUAUCUGGGAGAGAUGUGAAAAGGCAGUGCGCUGCUGCAGGGUGCCUUUGUAACCUGGCCCUGGGAGACACCAAAGCGUGUGUUGCCAUCGCGAAGGCAGGCGGUCACUACUUAACUCCGGCUCUGGACAGUACUACUGAAUUGGCUGUGACGUCAGCGUGGGCCCUCGGCAACAUCGCGGGGGCGGGCGCACGAUCGUGCGAGUUGCUAUGCGAGCUGGGCGCCGCGGGCAAACUGGCAGAGCUACUGGGCAGGCGGGACGCGGCGGACGCUGCGGUAUACGCGCUCACGCACGUCGCUUACCAGAUGAAAAGUACCCUGAGCGUAGAAUAUGUCGCCCGAAUAAUUGAAGCGUACUCCAAAUUGGAACUGAACCUGGAAACGUGUCGGCUCCUCUUCUAUUUGUCCUGCCAUGAAGAGCUCCAUCCAAACCAUUUGCCGCACCGACUUCUGCUCAAACUCCUGGAUGCCACGGCCGUGAGUAUGGAACGACACGUCAUGGGCACAUGCAAACGAUCCGACGUGUACUGUGAACUAUUGUAUCUACUUCGAACGCUAGCCAACAUAUCCGUGACAAAAGUGAACAGUGACUUAGUGCUCGAAUAUCUUAUCGAUAAAAAAUUGUUAGAAUAUUUUAAAACAAUCAUAGCGACCGAUAAUGCCAUUAUAAAACUGUCAUCCUUGUGGUUGUUAGGCAAUUUGUUCAAUAGCUCUGGUGAAACUUUGUUUGAAGAAUUUAUUGGCGCCAAUUAAAUUGUCGUGUGUUGUUGUAACAAUUAAGUAAGUAGGUGUUCAAUGCAAUGUAUUUUGUUGCUCAAAAAAGUUGUUGGCUUAAUAUCUAACAAUUAAUAUAGUAAGUACCUAUUCAAAGCAAUGUAUAUUGUUGAUCAAACGAUUUAAUUAAUUGGCUUAAUAUCUAGUUGUUUCAAUCUCAAUAGUUUAUCCAAUAUACACAAUAUUCAUAAGAACAAACAUGUAAUAGAGUAGUGUUGUUGAAACUAGUCAAAAUAAAACAUUUAACUGUCGCAAUAAAUAUUUUAUUAUAUCAAUAAUUAUAAUAUUUUAAUAAUAAUAGUAUUUAGAUUAAUCAUUAAUAUGGAUAAGGCUACAAUAUAGCGUUUUAAAAGUUGACAUCACUCACAAAUGUAGCUUAAAGCCUACCCCCACUAUAGUCUGGUCUGUGAGCACAUAGAAUUUUGUCGAAUGACCCCUAGCUGCCCAUCCUUAUCGCUCGCGCGUAAUUAUAUUGCUGUCGCGACUGUGCGACGGGCGCCCGCAGUGAGUGUGCGAGCGCGACAGCAACAUAAUUACGCGCGAGCGAUAAGGAUGGGUAGCUUGGGGUCAUUGGACAAAAUUCUACGUGCUCACGGACCAUAGAUAUAAUCGUGCUAUAGAUGGAACUUACAUUAUUGUAGACGCCCUCUAGUGGUCCGUUACUUUAACGAUAUCCAUUCGGCAAACUAAAAAGUUGUUGACUAAGGCUUAAACUAUUUCUAAAACUAAAAACACGGCACAACCUAUUUUUCCUUUUGAAUAAAAGGAGACAACUUAUAAUGUACUUGGAAUCUAUCCGAGACUAAAAAAGGUAGACUCUUGAAUAUUUUAUUAGCUGUUACUAGUUGUCCACUUCCAUUCAUAAAGAAAAAACAGGACUGAACUUUUAGAUUUAGAGCUAUUUUAGUAAACCCUAUCUAUCAAAGCAAUUUGGUAACUUCACACAAUACAAAGGUUUGAAUGAAUUCAUACAAAAUUUUAAAGUUAAGUGAAGCUACAUCAAGCAAAGAUGAAACUUUAGUUUAUAUUACUAAAAAAAGACCUCGCGCUGUUCUAUUAUUAAUUAAAAUUAGUUUCUUAUGUGACUAAUGCGGGGUGCGGGAGGGCGAGGCGUAGUCACGUGACCUUUGGCCAAUCAGGCGCCUUGGAUUACAUCUUUUAUUUCAUUGCCUGUGACCUUAUUGCUCAGUCCUAAGUGACAGAACCGUUCAGUAGUUCUACGGGACAAACAAUAGUUCCAGUUAGUAGUAGCUCCAACGAAAAACUUAACGACUGUGAUAAUUUCAGUAGAACUAAGCAAUAGGACCAUAGAUAAUGCAUUGUAUGAGGCUUUCCACCCCUCCCACACUGUAAUGCCUCAGUGCUGUAUACUUAAUCUAAUCAGUUCUCUUGUCUUGUUCAACAGAACAAUUUGCUGUUCCAAUUGCAAAUCACCAAAUUGCUCCAAAAGUUUAUCUAACAAUGUCUACAGAAAUAAAAUUCAAUUUUAUGAUAUGGAAAAACGUAUUGAGUUUCACGCUAAACUCGCCAGGAAUAAUCUAAUACCCUCUAGCAUAAAGCUUAAGUUUCUAUUAAAUCUCAAAAGUGCAGUAUAAUGGAUCAGAAAACUUUGAUUUAUAGGUAUUGGAUUGCUGAGGGCGUCAUCAUACACACCCGAUUCGGAGCCGUUUCGCAAACAUUUGUAUUUAUAAAUUGACCCAAUUUUCGACCCCUAGCGCUAAUGACAACACCACUGCACUAUGGGAUCUUCAAAAAUAUACAGCCUCUAUAUUUUUAUGGAACUAAGGAGAUUAUCUCUCAACCUCUCACCCAAAAUAUCCCCAGGGUAUGUUUAAUUAAAGAAGCUGUUGACCGUCACGUCGAUCAUACGAAGGAUUGAUCCCUUCAACGUUUUGAUGAGCUAGGCUGUAGCCGUAUAGCUCUAAUAAAAUUACCUUUAUCCCAUUAUCAAGAACGAAAAUACUACAGGUCAACUAGUUCGCCUUAAACUGUUGUGGUCACUAACGUUUGAAUUAAUAAGAUCGAGAUUUCUACCAACUACUUUUUGUUUUAAAGAUUUCGAUAUUGCGAAACCAUGAUGGCUACCAUAUUUGCUCUUGGCGCGUAAAGUCCUG